UAACGCAAUGCAUAGGCUCAAGGUCCUCGUCUUUCUCUCCUCUACUCCUACCACUCUACCUCGGCGCCAUGACCGUCUGGAACAGAGAGGAGAGAGUCUUCGGCGACUCGAGCUCGCAGAGCUCCUUUGACAAGAACAAGGAGUAUGGCGCAUCAAUGACAGUCAGCGCCGUCGAGAGGGGCGGCCAUGCUCCGGUCCAUGCCCCGGCGUCGGAAGGUCAUCUUCAUCGCGGUCUCAAGUCACGGCAUAUCACCAUGAUUGCCAUCGGUGGUGCUAUCGGCACUGGUCUUAUCAUUGGAACUGGAGCAGCUCUUGCAAAGGCUGGCCCUGCACCAGUGCUUAUUUCAUAUGCAUUCAUCGGUCUCCUUGUGUAUAUUGUCAUGUGCGCUCUUGGUGAAAUGGCCGCAUGGCUCCCUCUCCCAUCUGGUUUCACUGGUUAUGCAACUCGGUUCUGCGAUCCGGCGCUCGGAUUUGCUCUCGGUUACACAUAUUGGUUCAAGUAUAUCAUCGUAUGCCCGAAUCAGCUAACUGCUGCUGCCCUUGUGCUCCAAUACUGGGUUCCGCGUGAAAAAGUUAAUCCGGGUGUAUUCAUCGCAGUAUUUCUUGUGGUGAUCGUAUGCAUCAAUUACUUCGGGAUCAGCUUCUUUGGAGAGUUCGAGUUCUGGCUAAGUAGUAUCAAGGUCGUGAUUAUCGUCGGCCUCAUUCUACUUAGUUUCAUUCUUGCGCUCGGUGGUGGACCCGACCACGAUCGCAAAGGGUUCAGGUAUUGGAAAGAUCCGGGGGCAUUCAAUACAUACAUCGAAGAUGGCUCUGCUGGUCGCUUCCUUGCAUUCUGGUCCGUUCUGACCGUUGCAACUUUCGCAUUUCUUGGCACAGAGCUCGUCGGAGUCACAGUCGGUGAGGCUCAGAACCCGCGCCGCACAAUUCCUCGCGCGAUCCGUCUCACGUUCUACCGUAUCCUUUUCUUCUACGUUCUCUCUGUGUUCUUGCUCGGCAUGCUCGUUCCAUACAAUUCCAAGGAACUCGCUUUCGCUACCACCAAGUCGAACAGUGCAGCGGCAUCACCCUUCGUUGUCGCAAUCCAACUUUCGGGCAUCAAGGCACUCCCUGGUAUCCUCAACGGGUGUAUCCUUCUCUUCGUAUUCUCCGCGAGUAACUCGGACUUGUACAUCGCGUCGCGCACGCUCUUCGGUCUCGCGAGUGAAGGCAGGGCACCGAGUAUCUUUGCACGUACGGACAAGCGUGGUGUUCCAAUCUAUGCGCUUGGAACGUCAGCGGCAUUUUCAAUGCUUGCAUUCAUGAACGUCUCGGACGACUCGAAGGAAGUAUUUACGUACUUCACGAACAUGGUUACGAUCUUUGGAUUGCUCACUUGGAUAUCAAUUCUCGUCACGCACAUUUACUUCUGUCGUGCACGUAAGGCACAGGGACUCCGCAAUCAGGACUUGCCAUACGUCGCACCCUUGGGCAUAUGGGGAUCGUACAUUGCGCUUGGGUUCUGUAUCAUCAUUGCGAUAUUCAAGAACUACGACGCAUUUGUGCACAGCCCGAAGUACGGCAACUUUGACGUGAAGAACUUCGUGACGGGCUAUAUCGGCAUCCCGCUCUACAUCAUACUCAUCUUUGGAUAUAAGAUCACGCAUCGUGGUUCGGGUGUUCGGCCAGAAGAGGCAGACUUCUUUUCUGGCAAAGACGAGAUCGACAGGGAAGAAGAGGCGUUCCUCGCUGCACAAGCUGCAAAGGGCAAUGCCGCCGAUGGCAACUGGUUCUACAGGACGUUCAUCGCAUGGUUGUUCUAAGCGGUGGCGUUUUGCAUAUUUUCUUGGGACGUUUUCUCCGUGUAAAUAUUUAUUUUCUACCUUUCAUUUUGUGCAUGAUCAUUACGAUUGUGUCCAUAUAUACUGAUGACCCGACUUGUCCGUACCAUCUUCUUUUUAAUCUAGCACUCCCGCUCACUUAUUUUGAUUAAAAUAUAUUUGCGAGUCCGGACUUGCGGAUUUUUCUCGCACGGGUUUAGUGCAUAUUUCCUGGCACUGUUUUUGAAACCCCAUCACUUGCAUUUGACAGCAGCAUUUUGUAUUCGUCUGGUAGUACGACUAUACGUAUGUUACUACCUGCCAUCGUCAGAGUACAAUACCAGUAUUCACAAGCCGAACGAGCGUAUGUAUGCGUCAACGAUUCCUAUACAAUUCCG